GUGUUUUACAACUUUUACAUCUUAUAAAGAUACAAAAAAAGAAGAUAAAAGAGAUAGAAAAAACUAAACAAAAAUGGAGGUUGUUAGAUUCGCCGUCGCCGUCGUUCUCGUACUUUGCUCCGUUACGUCUUCUAACGCCGCCACUACACCACCGAGCAGCGGUGGUGCUGCGGGAGGAGACGCGCACGCAAUGCCGUGUAUACAGAAACUGAUGCCUUGCCAGCCGUAUCUUCACUCGGCUAGUCCGCCGCCUCCGCCGACGUGCUGCAUGCCGUUGAGGGAGAUCGUCGAGAAAGACGUGACGUGUCUCUGCUCCGUUUUCAACAACGUCGACAUGCUCAAAUCGCUUAACCUCACUAAAGAAAACGCUCUCGUUCUCCCAACCGCUUGUGGCGCCAAAGCUGACGUGUCACAAUGCAAAACCAGCACCGGUGGUACUACUCCGUCUUCGUCUUCGACGCCGCCGGCAACCCCGAAAACUCCUCCGGCAUCUUCCACCGGAAGCGGUUCAACCGGAGAUUCAGCUUCUUCGACGGCCAAAUCAACAAGCUCAGCUCCGGCCAUCAACUUCGGCGGACUUAGCUUUGCAUCGGCUGUCGUGGCAACACUCUUCUUCUGAUCUACGUACUAUAUUUAUUUUACGUCUUUUAUUAGGUAGGUUCUCAUUUGUUGGAAAAAUAAUCAGACCAUGUUCGGUAACAUUUUUUUUAUUUCAACUAAAGGUUAUAACUGAUUAUUCAUUCAUAUGUAC